UAUGGAAAAGAGCGAAAUUGUACCUGAAGAGAGCGCAUCACUGAUCAAUCGGCAGAUAUGUCUGACAAACCAGAUAUGGCUGAAAUCGAGAAAUUCAACAAGUCUAAGUUGAAGAAGAUGGAAACACAAGCAAAAAACCCACUGCCUUCAAAAGAAACAAUUGAACAGGAGAAGGAAGCAGGUGAAUCGUAAUGAAACCGUCCCUUCCAAAUUAUGCACUGUACAUUUCACAAGCAUUGCCUUCUUAUUUUACUUCUUUUAGCUGUUUUAACUUUGUAAGGUGCAAAGAGGUUGGAUAAAGUUUGAAUGACUGUACUGCCCCGUUCACAUCCAAAAAACCUUAAAGAAUA